AUGUCCGAGAAUCCAGAAGACACCCGUAUUGGCCCAGCUCUGCCUCUGUAUUGCGCAAGACACAACCAAGAAACCCUCAUCGAAAUUCUCAAGGACUGGAACACCAUCAGCGAUGGUUGCAACAAGCCUUGUGGCAAGGAUUUGCCAUGUGGACAUCCAUGCCCCCGCAAAUGCCACGGUUCUGAGCAUGACUGGGUAUCUUGCAAACAGCGCUGCCGUGAAAUUCGCGACUGCUGUAACACACCUUGCAUUUGUGUGUGCUCUCCACCACACGCUCACGAUUGCUUCUGUGGUAUGGGCAAGGACAGCAAAACCCAGGUCUUUGACGCCGGAUCCGACUGGGAUGAUUUCGAUGGCGACGAUGAUGAGCAAAAGAUCGGUCCCAUCACACGAGCCCGGGCCCUAAAUCUCAAAUCUACCUCCACCGCAGAAGAUGCAAUGCGUUGUGCCGAGGGAGUGCGUCGGUGGCAGGCGUUUGCGGAGGGUGGCGCCGUGUUGGAUGAUUACCGUCGAGCUGGAUUGAUAGUUAGAGCAAACGGUCCUCAGAAAGAUACCACCCCAGUUAAACAGAACGUGGCUGGUCCGGUCGAGGGGACCCUAAUCAAUUUCGACGACGAUGAUGGUCAGGCCGAGGCUUCGGGUGCAGGCGAGGACCAGCCUGUUGCCUCAGCCAAGGGUUGGAUGGUUACAUAUGAUGGGGCUGGUGAUCGUCUGGCCGAAGCUAUGAGUGAAGUAGUAGACACGCUUCGCAAUCCACUUGACGAGGAGCUCAUGACCUUCGACACUGAUGGUUCCCAUUGUGUUGCAGGUGAGAGACCAAAGGAAUAUCUGCUUCCUGAGCUAGUUAAGGACGACGAUAAUUUGCCCGGCGGUUGGAGCCUAGAUAUCUCGCUCAAUUCUAGGGUCGAGGAAGUCGAGAUCCCUCCCGCGGAGGGGAAGCUGAUCGAGCUGUCGUAG